CGCGAAUCAGGAGCUAAUUUUUUUUAUGCGGGGUUUCGCUUGCUUCGCCAGGGUUGGGGUUGGGGGCUGGAGGAAAUGGAAGAAAUGUGGAGAAUUGAGUUGCCUGCCGGCUCGGGCUGGUGCAGGGGUCUCAAGUGGUGAAGAGCGGCAGAAGACUUGGAGAGGCCGAAUUUUUGGAGACCAGCAGGCAAGCUAGGUACGCUUAGAGGUAAAAGUUGACAAUGGCAAGCUUUGCCACAAAUUGCAACACCACCACCACCACCACCAACCCCCUACAUCGGUGAUCGGAUCAUGUGGAGGACAGCGCGGGAUUCGGUAUGCCUGCUUUGCGCGUCGGCGGGCGCAACAGGCAGGCCAAGGGCUGUGGAGGCAGGCAGGCCGCUGAUGUCGACGGCCCCUGGCUCGGCUUCGAGAACAUUCGCUACGCGACUAGAACGACGACCAGCCCCGGCGCGAAUGGUCCUGUCCGACCGUGCUGACGUUGCGCGGUCGUCGCCGAGACGCACCGCCGAUGGCGCCAUUGCCAAAAAGGCCAAGCCCCGUGGCCCCGACGGCCCCUGGGCCGGAACGAACCGCACCGUCGCCAACAUCGACACUCGCCGAAGGGCCCUGCUCCCCGGCGCCGUGACCCGAGACCCCCUGAGCAAUGAAGACGAUCAAGGAAACGGCAAGGGCAAGAAAAGAGGCAGGUGGGACAGGCGCGGCUUCAAGGCCCUCAACAUGCAGCGCAGUCUCACGUCGGUCAGCUACGGCCAGCGCGCCAGCGUCAAAGAACGCAUCCAGGCCGUCGACUCGUUCGGUCUCUUCGACCUCUUGCCCUCCAUCAAGGAUGCCAUUGCAUCCUCGGUCCUGAAGGGCAUGGUUGACAUCAAGCCCACGCCCAUCCAGAGACUCACCAUCCCUGCACUCCUUGGCCAGCACAUGGACCCGAAGAGGCGCCGCCCGCGGGUCGUCCCCGACAGGAAAGAGGUUCUGCUGGCCGCCGAGACUGGGUCCGGCAAGACGCUUGCCUAUCUGCUUCCCAUCGCCAACGCGCUGAAGCUUGCCGAAGCCGACGACACCACCCUCGCUUCCUACAACAAGCGCCUCGAGGCCGAGAAGGUUCUUCGCGGCGACCGCCCCAUGUCCGAGUGGAUCGACAAGUUCGAGCCGCACCCCAACAUGGCCCGGCCCCGCGCCGUCGUCCUGGUGCCCACCGCCGAGCUCGUCGACCAGGUCGUUGCCGUAGCCAAAGACAUCUCCCAUUUAGCCAAGUUCAAGGCCCGCCCGCUGUCGGCCAGCCACAACACGCUCAAGAUCCAGCGGAAUCUGUACAGCCCGACGGGAAUCGACCUCGUGGUGGCGACGCCGCACCUGCUGGCGUCCAUCGCCAACUCGGACCCCUAUGUCCUCUCCCGCGUGAGCCACCUCGUCAUCGACGAGGCCGACUCGCUGCUGGACCGCAGCUUCUCGCCCGAGACAACGUCCAUCAUCGACCGCUGCAUGCCGACGCUCAAGCAGUUUGUGCUGUGCUCGGCCACCAUCCCCAAGCGGCUCGACACGUAUCUCGAGUCCAAGUUCCCCGACGUCGAGCGCAUCACGACGCCCAACCUGCACGCCAUCCCGCGGCGCGUCCAGCUGGGGGUCAUCGACGUGUCCAAGGACCCGUACCGCAACAACAAGAACCUGGCCUGUGCCGACGCCAUUUGGUCCAUCGGCAAGGAGGCCGCCCAGCACGAAGGGCCCGUCAAGGGCGUCAUCGACGUCAAGCGCAUCAUCGUCUUUGUCAACGAGCGCGAGACGACGCAGGAGGUGGCCGAGUACCUCGUGUCCAAGGGUGUCGACGCCGUGGCCCUGCACCGCGACACCCCCGAGCUGCGCCAGUCCGAGAUGAUAGCCUCGUUCACGUCGAGCGAGCCGCUGCUCAUCGACGCCGCCACCGCCGCCACCGCCACCGCCACCGCCGCCGCCGGCCGCCGCCACCUGCCCAACACAAAGGUCAUCGUCGCCACUGACCUGGCCUCGCGCGGCCUCGACACCGUCGCCGUCCGCCAUGUCAUCCUCUACGACGUGCCCCACACCUCCAUCGACUUUGUCCACCGGCUGGGCAGGGCGCUCGUGUAGCUGGUUGCUAGCCGACAUGGUCCCCUAGCGUUGUUUUACCCGUGUAUACUAUACCUACGUAGAUAUGGAUGGAGGGGAAGACAAGGAGGAAAUCGGUGAUGGAUUGUACAACUAGUAUGUAUAUAUGUAAAAAUAACCACAAACUCUGUCCUAUUCCUUCAUCUAGAUAUCUCCAGACCUCACGACUAUAAAAUUUCAAUCUAGAUUCCAAUUGC